AUGGUCUGGGUCCCUCGAAGCGCCUUGGACUUGAACUUCCUGAGGCGCGAGGUGAAGGUCUCCAAGGUGAUCCUGGAGCUCACGCGCGACAACGUGGCGGCGCUCAUGGUCAUCGCGACGCUGAGUGUUUUCGGCGCUGCACCUGUCAUGGCCGUGGUCAGCAAGAUGGCGCCGAAGAGCAGCUGCGCCGCAGUGGUCCUGGGAGGCGCGGCGCUUCUCGCGGCCCCCAGCUUCGUGGCCCCAGGACAGGGCGUGCCACGCGCUGAGACCUCCGCCCACGCGACGACGGCGCCCCUCGCCUCCGUCACGAGCGCGGCGGGCGCUGGGGCUGCGGGGGCCGCGGCCGCGGGGGCCGCGGGUUUGGCAGCGGCGGCGGGCGCGCGCCGCACGCGGCGCGCCGCCAAGGCCGCGAAGGCGGCACAGGCGGGCAAGGAGCCCAUGGAGCCCCUGGCGAGGUUGUCCUCCGUGGCCCAGCAGCUGCUGCAGCAGCCCUCGCCUCAGCAGCUGCAGCGCCUGGCCGCCGAGCUCCAAGCCUUCGCCGCCGCCGAGCUGCGCACCGAGCGCCUGUCGGCGCCGGCCAUGCGCGCCUUUGCGGAGGUGGUGCAAGGCGCGGAGCGGGCGCUUGCGAGCGACGCGGCAGGCCAGCUGCGCUGGGCCGCCAGCUCCGCGGCGGCCAUGCUGCUGAGCUACGUGGUGACCCUGCAGCCGGCCCAGGCGGCGGAUACGGUGAACUACUCCGAGUUCCUGGACUCCAUCAACAAGGGAAAUGUGGAGAUGGUGCGCGUGCAGGAGGACAUGCUCUCAGCGCAGUACACCACCAAGGAUGGCUCUCGCCGCGACGUGAACCUCAUCCCCAACGCGCAGAUUGAGGAUCAGCUCUUCAACCGCCUGGCUGACAAGAAGGUGGACGUGGUGAUGGCGGGGGUGGGGUCCCAGGGCAGCCCGCUGGACUUCCUGGCGCGCUUUGCGGGGCCCAUCUGCUGGCUCAUCGCCGGGCUGCUGCUCCUCUUCGGGGGCUUGCCCUUUGGUCCAGCCGGCCCUGGGGGCGCCGGGGGCAAUCCCUUUGAGCUCGGCAAGUCCAAGGCGCGCAUCAUCAAGGACGGGGACACCAAGUGCAAGUUCGCGGACGUGGCGGGCUGCGACGGGGCCAAGCAGGAGCUUGUGGAGGUGGUGGACUUCUUGAAGAACACCUCUCGGUACUCGGAGCUGGGGGCGAAGAUCCCCAAGGGCGCGCUGCUGGUGGGCCCCCCGGGCACCGGCAAGACGCUGCUGGCCAAGGCUGUGGCCGGAGAGGCGGGGGUGCCCUUCUUCAGCAUCUCCGCCUCCGAGUUCGUGGAGAUCUUCGCGGGCAUCGGCGCCUCCCGGGUCCGCGACCUCUUCGAGCAGGCCAAGAAGUCCGCGCCUUGCAUCAUCUUCAUCGACGAGAUCGAUGCCGUGGGCCGGCAGCGCAGUGCCGGCUUCGGGCAAGGUAACGAUGAGCGGGAGCAGACCGUCAACCAGCUGCUCACUGAGAUGGAUGGCUUCGAGAGCAACAAGGGCGUGGUGGUCAUUGCGGCCACGAACCGUGCUGACAUUUUGGACCAGGCACUGGUGCGUCCUGGGCGUUUCGACCGCCAGAUCCAGGUGGAUCCUCCGGAUGUGCAGGGUCGCACUGAGAUCCUCAAGGUGCACGCCAAGGACAAGAACCUGGCGCCGGGUGUGGACUUGUCUGCCAUUGCGCGUCAGACCCCAGGCAUGUCCGGCGCAGACUUGGCGAACCUGCUGAACGAGGGCGCCAUCGUGGCGGCACGACAGAACAAGGCGGAGAUCGACCAAGAUGACAUCGCCAACGCCUUGGAGCGCAUUGCCAUCGGCUUGGAGAAGAAGGACGCCGUGAUGAGCGAGAAGAAAAAGAAGCUUGUGGCUUACCACGAGGCCGGGCAUGCCAUCUUGGGCGCCCUGAUGAAUGACUACGACGUGGUCGCCAAGAUCAGCAUCGUGCCGAGAGGCCCCGCGGGAGGGGUCACCAUCUUCAUGCCCUCGGAGGAACGUCUGAAUUCGGGACUCUACUCCAAGGAGUUCCUGGAGAACAGGAUGUGUGUGGCGCUGGGCGGUCGCUUGGCGGAGGAGAUCAUCAACGGCAAGGACAACGUCACCACCGGGGCCUCCAACGACUUCCAGCAGUGCACACAGGUGGCCAAGCAGAUGGUCAUGCAGCUGGGCAUGUCCCCGGAGAUCGGCCAGCGAUUGUUGGGAGGCCAGCAGCAGGGGGGGCCCUUCAUGGGCCGCGACUUCAUGGGCCAAGGGGCGCCGCCCAUCUCCCAGAAGCUGAAGCAGCAGGUGGACGUUGAGGUCAAGCGCAUCGUGGACGAGCAGUACGAGCGUGGCAUGAAGCUCCUGAGGGACAACAUGUUCCUGCUGGAUGAAUUGGCCAAGCUGCUCAUGGAGCAGGAGAAGGUCAACGGCGAGGAGCUGAUGAAGUUGAUCAACAAGGCGGCUGCCGAUGGUAAGCUGGUCUUGGGCAACAACAAAAUGGCCAUGGCUGCCUUCACCGGUGAGAUGGUGGACUCUGGUGCCAAGAAGACGCAGUGCAUUCACCCGGACAAGCCCAUGAUGUUCGCCUGCGCGGACUGUCCCCGCCGGGGCUUCUGCGGAAGCACCCGCGACAGCCUCCCGCCGGCGCGCGCGCCGCGCUCGGCGCGAAGGGCGGUGGACAGACUCGGCCUGGAGGCUGAGACAAAGGAGACCACCGGAGAGGUGGUGAUGCGCAAGGUGCAGGAGAUGGCAGAUCAAGUCUCCAAUGGCGCAGCGUUGCCUAGUUCGGUGGUGAAGUCAGCUGCCGUGUCCACCUUGGCAGCUCUGGCGGCCACCGCGGGCCCGCUGCCCGCCUUGGCGGACGACGUGCCGGCCCUGCAGCAGUUCGGGGCGCCGGGGGCGCCGCAGCAGCAGCAGCAGCAGGCCCAGGUCCGCGUCAGCGGGCGCGUGACCUACUCGCGCUUGUUGGAGUUUGUGGACGAGGGCUCUGUGAAGCGCGUGGACUUCUACGACCUCGGGCGCACGGCCGUGGCUUUGGUGAACAUCGCCGGCCGUGAGCAGCAGCUGGUUUGCGACCUCCCGGGUGCCACCACUGGGCUCAUCGAGAAGCUGUCGGCGAAGAACGUGGCCAUCGAGGUGCACCAGCCAGAGAAGCCGAACCCACUGCUGGGCGUCCUGGGCGACGUGGCCUUUCCGCUGCUGGUCAUCGCCGGGCUGCUGUUCUUGCGCUCCAGGGCGCCGGGGGGCGGCGGCAUCCCGGGCUUCGGGAACCAGGGCAAGGCCAAGAUCAUGAUCACCCCGGAGACCGGUGUUGCGUUCAAAGAUGUGGCUGGCAUUGACGAGGCGAAAGAGGAGCUCAUGGAGAUUGUCGACUUCCUGAAGGCGCCCGAGCGAUUUGUCAAGGUCGGCGCAAAGAUCCCUCGGGGCGUGCUGCUGACGGGGCCUCCGGGCACCGGGAAGACGCUCAUGGCCAAGGCUUUGGCCGGGGAGAGCGGCGUGCCGUUCAUCCAAUCUUCAGCAUCAGAGUUCAUUGAGCUCUUCGUGGGUGUGGGUGCCUCUCGAGUUCGCGACAUCUUCAAGCAGGCCAAGGAGAAGGCGCCGUGCAUCGUCUUCAUCGACGAGAUCGAUGCCAUCGGCCGGCAGCGGGGCGCGGGCAUGGGUGGCGGCAACGACGAGCGCGAGCAGACCCUGAACCAGAUCCUCACGGAGAUGGACGGCUUCGAGGGCAACAGCGGCGUGAUCGUGGUGGCGGCCACCAAUCGCUCCGACAUCUUGGACCAAGCCCUGCUGCGCCCCGGCCGCUUCGACCGCCGGGUGACGGUAAAUCUCCCGGACGUGGCAGGCCGCGAGCAGAUCCUCAAGGUCCAUGUGCAGAACAAGAAGCUGGGCGAGGGCAUCACUUUGAACGAGAUCGCCAAGCGCACCGCGGGCUUCAGCGGAGCGGAUUUGGAGAACCUGAUGAACGAGUCGGCGAUCUUGACCGCCCGGCGCAACAAGAAGGCUAUCACUAUGGACGAGGUCAACGAUGCCACAGACCGGGUCAUUGCGGGCCUCGAGGGACGAUCGCUGCAGGACAACGCGUCCAAGAAGUUGAUCGCCUACCACGAGGCCGGCCACGCCAUCGUGGGCACCUUGCUGCCCUUCCACGACCCGGUGAACAAGGUGACGCUGGUGCCGAGAGGCCAGGCCAAGGGCCUCACCUGGUUCACCCCAGGGGAGGACCAGAGCCUGGUGUCCUCGGCCAUGCUGAAGGCGAGGAUCUCGGGGGCCUUGGGCGGCCGCGCGGCGGAGCAGCUGGUCUUCGGCACUGGCCAGGUGACCACCGGCGCCGGGGGAGACUUGCAGCAGGUGGAGCGCAUGGCGCGCGCCAUGGUCACCCAGUUCGGCAUGUCGGAGGUGGGGUCCCUGGCCAUUGACGACGGGGGCUUCAUGGGGCCCAACUACUCGGAGGACUUGAGCCAGAAGAUCGACGAGGCCAUCAAGAGCAUCUCCGACGAGUGCUAUUUGAACGCGCUGACCAUCCUCAUGAAGAACCGGGCCUGUCUGGACCGCGUCGCGGAUGAGCUCACGGAGUUUGAGACCAUCACAGGCGACCGAUUGCUGGAGAUCGUCCGCGAGUACACCGAGGCGUUUCAACGCAAAUACUCCAGUCGCAGAUGUUUAGUGUGCAAUCUACCUGUGGAAGAUUUGCACGCGCCGGCGCUGCUUGUGCAAGCUUUGUCGGGUGCCACGGCACAAGGCAGAAACGCCUACCGGAGUUUGGAUUUGCUGGGCGCCGGCGGGUACGGUUCGGUGUACUUGGUGGAGCGACUUCCUGACCUCUACCGCUUCGUCUCAAAGAAGAUUCCUGUCAGGGAGAUCACCGAAGUGGACGAGUACAGCAGAGAGGCGAAGGAGUUGAUCAUGCUGCGGCAUCGCCACAUUGUUUCCUAUGAGGAAGACUUUGUGCACGUCGAGUACGGGGGCCUCGAGGCAAAGACGUGCGCCGGAAUGGCUGGUGGAUCGGAGACCCCCCCAGACAUCUUCAAGGUCCUGCCAGUGCCGGAGGGCUUCAAGACGGAGGCGGGGGAAUGGACGCAGGAGGCCAAGGACCGCUUCUUCGGGGCCAAGAACGAAGAGGCCAUGAAGACUUGGGCAGAGGCGCAGCGAGGGAACUGGAAGGACGAAGGCUCCGACAAGGGCAAGGAGUUGAGAACGAAGUAUCCUACAGAGGACGACCUGGAGAAAUACAUCAAGGAGGUGUACCAGAAGAAGUGGGACGCACUGCUCGGCAAGGCGGCCAAGUGCCCUCGAUGUUUCUUCGACAUCGAGCUGGAUGGAGAGAAGGCGGGCCGCGUGGUCAUGCUGCUCCGGGGCGACGUGGUGCCGAAGACGGCGGAGAACUUUCGACAGCUCUGCACCGGCGCGCCCGGCUUCGGCUACAAGGACAGCAGCUUCCACCGGGUCAUCCCAGACUUCAUGUGCCAAGGAGGGGAUUUCACCAACCACGAUGGCACAGGCGGCAAGUCGAUCUACGGCGAGAAGUUCGCAGAUGAAGGCUUCCAGCUGGAGCACACGGGGCCUGGGGUGCUGUCCAUGGCGAACGCGGGGCCCAACACCAACGGCUCCCAGUUCUUCCUCUGCACCACGAAGACAUCGCACCUGGAUGGCAAGCACGUGGUCUUCGGCAAGGUGAUUGAGGGCUACGAGGUGGUGGAGAAGGUCGAGGGGGUCGGAUCCAGCAGUGGCAAGACAUCCAAGAAGGUGAUUGUCGCAGACUGCGGUGAGCUUCCUUUGAAGGACUGGCCGAAAGCUGACAAGUGA